UACAAGCUCUUCCCCCGUGUGUGUGGUAAAGUAGAGUGCUUGUUUUGCGCGCUCACUUGCCGUCGUCUGCUAAUGUUUACGGAGAUUAACAGCUUUGGAAAGAGUUUGCCACUGCAUGGGCUCUGAACAUUUCACAUCAGACAAAAAUGACCACAGAAGGCUGCAGCACUGUCGCCUCCCACAGUCUUGGAAGUCUGGUCAAUCCGAACAGAGGGGGAAAAAGUAAACAAAACUGCUCCUCACAGCCAUUUAUCAAACCACAAUUGAAGCUGAGCGAUCAAAUUCGUGCAAAGAUUUUAAAACAUCUGCAUUUUAAGAUUUUAAAUCCGCAAGAGACAAACAUACCAGUUUUCCAAAAGGAGGCUCAGUGGCAUCUACAACAAACAGAUUUCUCCAUAGAUGACUCCAGGUGUAUCCUCAAAGACUUAGCAGCUGAGUUGGACAGAAUUGUUCAGCUUAAAGACACCACCAUAGUGUCUCGAGUGAGUAAUGCUUACAUAAAUGAAGAGGAAAGUUCCACUCUGAUCCUGGAGUGGGCUGAUGAGCUACGAUCAUUACAGCAAACCAGCAAAGGAGAAUCCAUGAAGCAGAUAGCAGAAGAGCUAAAGGCUGCUACAGAUCAACAAGCAUCAGAUAUGCAACAGAGAUUAAAAGAUGGAAAAAGAAUAAUCUCUGAUUGGAUAAGGAAAUCUUCAAGGGUUUCACAGAAUUUUGCUAAGCCACAUUUCACAGCGGAGCAUAAAGCUGUGAUUACAGAUCUGUGUAAGCAGUGGAAGAAAGGACAGCAGACCAACAUGCUGCCAGUCAUGGACUUCAUCAUAAGAUGCAUUCCACAGAAAAACAAGCCCGAGCAGUCCAUCCUUCAACUGUGGUUCAAGACCGAGCAGAAGUUUGCAAAAACAGGUCAUAUGCGUAUCCCUGCUCUAGUAUGGAACUGGAUUACGAAGCCAUCAGCUAAAGUUACUCUAGAUCCAAACACAGCAAACCCAACUCUCAUGCUGUCUCAGGAUGAGCGUUCUGUGAGAACGAAGACCCAUAAAGAGACUAAUUCAAGCCUUCUAUUCCAAAGAAAAUGUAAUCAGUAUGAUUGUUGGCCAUGUGUCCAAGCAAAACAGGGCUACCUUACAGGCAGGCAUUACUGGGAGGUGGAUGUAAAGAAGAAAUAUGAUUGGAGAAUAGGUGUAGUGAAGGAGUCAGCACCACGUAAUGGAUUUGUUCAUAUGAACACAACAAGAGGGUACUGGACUCUACGCCUGCAGCUUGGCUCCCUGAUUGCUAUGACUGAUCCAAUCACCAAACUCAAUCAGUUUAAUCCCUCUAAGAUAGGAGUGUAUCUAGAUAUAGAGGAGGACCAUCUUUCAUUCUAUGACACAGAGAAAAUGAAACAUAUAUACACCUUUAAAACAGACUUCAGUAAGUCUGGGAAAAUCUACCCUGUGUUUGGUACAGUGGAGACAGACAGACCAUUGAAGAUUAUGUAAAUCAGGGAAAAUUUCCCAUGUUUUGUACAGUGGAGACAGACAGAUCACUGAAGAUUAUGUAAAUCAGGGAAAAUCUCCCGUGUUUUGUACAGUGGAGACAGACAGAUCACUGAAGAUUAUGUAAAUCUGGGCUUGAUGUUGUUGUGUUUUUUUUUUUACCAUUUCACUUAUUACCACAAUAGAACAUUUGUAUUCUAGACUUUACAUUGCACUUUGCUGAUAUAUAAUCAUGUGUUUACCACAUUAUAUCAUGUGCUUUUGUGUUCCUUUCGACUUAAUGCUAUUAGAACCAAACAUGGCACACUGAUAAGCACUUUAUUUAUAGUGUACUUCUUGUAAUUAAUUUAAAAAAAACACAAAAAUUAUUCAUAUGAGUCUUUCAAAUCAGUUUGUGAUCUCCUUCCAGCAAGCGAUCUUUCUCAUUAUAGAAAAUAUGCAGUUACCAAAUAUUUGUCCUAUAUAUAUAUGAUUUAUUUUUGUUUCUGUACAGGGUAAUUGUCAAUUUAUUAAAGAAAAGUAGUAUUAUUAAAGUGAAACUCCCUAGUGUUCACUUUUUGUGUUGUAAUUACAAAGAUAUGUAUACACUAAACUUUGAUCUUGAGUUUGUUCAAGUUGCCACGUGAUUAAACAUAUGUACAAUUAGAUUAGCAACAUACUCUCCUCACAUACUGCAGAAAAGCUAGUCCCUGCAUGU